GUCCUAUUGUAGUGUCCGUACCCGCACCUUACGAAAGCGAGUCCGCUAAAGUAGCAUAGCAGCUGUGCUGACAUUGAGAGUGAUCACGCAGGAUAGCGCAGUCUCAUAAUUCCAGGAUCCCCAGCAUGGUGACAGGAAAGCGGCUCGCAGACAUCGGCUAUCGGGCAUUUUCUGCCUCGAUGAUGCUGCUGACGGUGUACGGGGGCUACCUGUGUGCAAUGCGAGGAUACCGCUACAUGCAGAGGCAGAAGCAGCUGAAGCUGGCAGCAGAGAACCAGGAUCCUGAAGUCAUCAAAGACUGACAAAAGCUCUGCUUUUUGCACACAUGUGGACAUUUCUCAUUCCUCCUCGUCUUUGUCCAGCAGCGAAUUGUGAUGUUUAUUCUUCAGAGGACACUUGUGAUUCCAGCAAGGGCACGGCCCCCUUAUAAAGACGAGGAUUUGUUUAUAAAGCUCCCAGAAAAUGAACCACGAGCAUAUUUGCAUCACUGGCUUCUGUCAAAUUCAUUGUGAGCUGCACUAUUUCAGGAAUAAGAUGGAUGUAAUUGUUUGUAUUAUAUGACAUUAAAUGCAUUGAGCUACA